UAACUUCCGCUGACGAUUUUUGAAUGUAGAGCGGUUAAUGUUGGUUUGUGACUCCUUAGGGCAAAGUAACGCUAGCAGAAAAUAGUUGUUUAUUGGAGCUACAGACACGUUAAAAAUUUCAAUUAACAAAAUAAUACCUGAGAUGGACCCCGCUUUGUCGAAACUUCUUAUUGGACUUGCUGUCAACAUAAGUCGUAGUGAUGGAAGAAUACACAGCGCUAUUGUGAAAACUGCCAACGUCUCUAAAUCCACUGUGAAUGUAGAAUGGGCUGAGCAUGGUAUGACUAAAGGAAAAGAGGUUGACAUGAAUGAACUCAAUCAUCUCAAUUCUGACCUUAUACAACACCUUCAACCAUGUCAUCAGGAGGAACCUGCACCCACCCCUAUUCCGACACCAAUGACACGAAUGACAAAAAGUGUCAAAGCAUCAGAACUUCCUUUAAGGUCAUCAAGAAUACCUACUACAUCAGAACCUGCUCCUCGGGAUUGUCCAUCUGAAGAGCCAGCUUCAAGAAGAAUGACCACGCGUCAGACGUGUUUGUUCAGACAACCUGCCCCUCCACCUGUGGUCUCGGCAUCUUCUGCAGAUGAUGUUCUCUCACAGAAUCUUCCCUCAUCUACGAUCCCUAAACAUUCAGGCUACCAGAGGAGACUUCUUUCAAAACCAGCUUCUCCACUGCUACCAUCCACUGAGGCUAUAUGUGAGAGUGAGGCUUCCAAAUGUGCCCCCAUGGGUCCGCCAAGCCAUCGCAUGUCCCAGGUCUCGGAGACCAAUAAGGUGGCAAACAAACGAUUGUCAAUAGCAAAAAUGCCUGAUGCACAGAAGAGAGGAAAGUUUGGAGAAACGAAUCGAUCUAAGCAGUUUUACCAGAUGAUUGAGGAAUACAGAGAGACUGUGCAGAAAGUACCCAUGUCCCUGUCGGAUCCAGUCAAAACUCACCGAAUUUGUGUCUGCGUUCGCAAACGACCACUGAAUAAAAAAGAGUUGGCAAAGAAAGAGAUUGAUGUGGUGACAAUCCCUGGUAAUGGAGUCCUACUACUGCAUGAGCCCAAGCAGAAAGUGGAUCUAACCAAGUACCUGGAGAAUCAGACCUUCCAUUUUGAUUACUCAUUUGAUGAAGACGCCACAAAUGACUUGGUAUACAGGUUCACAGCUAAACCACUGGUUAAGACCAUUUUCGAAGGUGGUAUGGCAACGUGCUUUGCUUAUGGCCAAACAGGCAGUGGAAAGACCCAUACUAUGGGUGGAGACUUUUCUGGAAAAAGCCAAAACAGCUCUAAAGGGAUUUACGCCCUGGCAGCACAGGAUGUAUUUACCCUCCUAAGGCAAAAACGAUAUGUGGAUAUGGACCUGUGCCCAUAUGUCACCUUUUUCGAAAUCUACAAUGGCAAGGUUUUUGACUUGCUGAAUAAGAAAACAAAGCUGCGUGUUUUGGAGGAUGAGAAGCAACAGGUCAAUGUUGUUGGCCUGCAGGAAGUGCCUGUGUCAUGUGUUGAUGAUGUCAUCAAGAUGAUUGAGAGAGGAAGUGCAUGCAGAACAUCUGGCCAAACGUUUGCUAAUGCCAGCUCAUCACGCUCGCAUGCGAUUUUACAAGUAAUCCUGAGACGACGGAACUUUCUCUAUGGGAAAUUCUCACUGGUGGAUCUUGCUGGGAAUGAACGCGGCACUGAUGUCAGCAGCAACGAUCGGCACACAAUAGUGGAGACCGCUGAGAUCAACCGCAGCUUACUGGCUUUGAAGGAAUGCAUCCGGUCUCUUGGUCAAAACAGCGAGCACAUCCCAUUUAGGAUGAGCAAACUGACCCAGGUGCUUCGGGACUCCUUCAUUGGUGAAAACUCCCGGACCUGUAUGAUCGCUAUGAUCUCACCUGGCAUGAGCUCUUGUGAAUACACUCUGAAUACACUACGCUAUGCAAACAGGGUGAAAGAACUGAAUGGAAUCUCCAAGGGUGAUGCUGUGGAAAAUGGUUCAAAACUGGAACUUUCUGAGGAGGGAAACUCCUCAGAAGAGGAGACUGUCCUGCCAGAGUUUGAGGCUAUAUCCCGAGUGUCUGAGAUGGAAGAGAGGUUUUAUGAAGAAUUGAAGGGUUGCAGUGAGGUUGCCAAAUCUAUGGAGCUUCCAUCGUUUGACAUAGUAGCAAAUUUAUCAAACAUUGACUCAUUCAUGAGGAAGCUGCAAGAGUCUUACCAGGCUUUGAGAUCAGCUAUUGAAGCAGAACAGAGGGUCAGAAUGUCACCAAACUAAUCUAAGAUGAGAUUCAGCGGCAACGAUACCUCUCACAAAAGCUAAUGAAACUUCAAUUUCGUUCCUUUAAUAAUCCUAUUUACUAUCUGGCUACAAGAGAUAUCAAAAGAUGUUUGUUUGUUUUUUGUACUGUUUGUCCGUUUUAAUUGUUUUUGUGUACUGAAUAAAGGAGCCUUCAUUUUGGAUCUUUUGUAAGUCACAUUUUGAACGUUGUGUCCUGGUUUUUUCAAAGCCGUCUUCAUCAACUCUCCCAGUUCACCUAUUUGCAUUUGGAUUCAUUUCAAGUCUCACCUUGAUAUAGAAAAAAAUUCAUUUUUAUCAUGAUGAUGCCAAAAUGAAAGAUGGUUCGAGUACUGCCUCAUACCACCCACCCUUCCCAUCACCCCCCGCACCAGCCUUGACCUCCAAACCGCUUCUAUAUACAAGCCACAACCAGUGUAUACACUUGCCCUGCGAGCACAAGCUGACACAUGACAAAUCAAAGGCCUAAUAAACAGUUCACACUGAACAGUUUACCUCAAAGGAUGAAAAUAAACUAAAUCGGCCUGUGAGUGGGUGGCCCUACAUCUCUGUGUGAGGCCUGGAAGCUCAACUGCUUCCUCUGAGCUUGUUGGGUGGCAUUUCCCACCCCCCACCCCUCCCAAACUAUUUACCCGUGCUUUGGAAAUGCAUAGCUGUGCUACAUAUAUUCCGCUAAAAUAAGGAAUGUAAGAUGAAUGUGUCUUGUUCAAGCACCAUGUUUGAUGUACAUAUACUUGUGUGUACUACUUUUACAAUAUGCGUUCAAGACUUCAUUGUUUACUGCUUGAUUAAUAAAUAACUGUCAUUCUGUAAAUC